CCCGACCCUCAGGCGGCUGCCCGGCUGCAGCAUGAACGUCCGCCGGGGGUUGCGGCUGCCGCGCCGCUCGCUGCUGGCCGCGCUCUUCUUCUUCUCGCUCUCCUCUUCGCUGCUCUACUUCGUCUAUGUGGCGCCCGGCUUAGUGAAUACCUACCUCUUCAUGAUGCAAGCUCAAGGCAUUCUGAUCCGAGACAACAUGCGGACGAUAGGUGCUCAGGUUUAUGAGCAGGUGGUCCGGAGUGCUUAUGCCAAGAGGAACAGCAGUGUCAAUGAUUCAGAUUACCCUCUUGACUUGAAUCACAGUGAGGCCUUCCUGCAGACCACCACGUUUCUUCCAGAAGACUUCACCUACUUUGCAAACCACACCUGCCCUGAACGACUCCCUUCCAUGAAGGGCCUGAUAGACGUAAACAUGAGUGAAAUCGGGAUGGAUGACAUUCAUGAGCUCUUCUCCAAAGACCCCACCAUCAAGCUGGGCGGUCACUGGAAGCCCUCCGACUGCAUACCUCGAUGGAAGGUGGCAAUUCUUAUCCCCUUUCGGAACCGGCACGAGCACCUCCCCGUCCUGCUCCGACACCUGAUUCCCAUGCUGCAGCGCCAGCGCCUGCGAUUUGCAUUUUAUGUGGUUGAGCAAGUUGGCACCCAGCCCUUCAACCGAGCCAUGCUCUUCAACGUUGGUUUUCAAGAAGCAAUGAAGGAUUUGGAUUGGGACUGUCUGAUUUUUCAUGAUGUGGACCAUAUACCAGAAAGCGAUCGUAACUAUUAUGGAUGUGGACAGAUGCCGAGGCACUUUGCUACCAAACUGGAUAAAUAUAUGUACCUGCUUCCAUACACAGAGUUCUUUGGCGGAGUGAGCGGCUUAACGGUGGAACAGUUUCGGAAAAUCAAUGGCUUCCCCAAUGCCUUCUGGGGUUGGGGUGGAGAAGACGAUGACCUCUGGAACAGAGUACAGAAUGCAGGCUAUUCUGUGAGCCGGCCAGAGGGUGACACAGGGAAGUACAAGUCCAUUCCUCACCACCACCGAGGGGAAGUCCAGUUCCUUGGGAGGUACGCUCUUCUGAGGAAGUCAAAAGAGAGACAGGGACUGGACGGCCUCAACAACUUGAACUACUUUGCAAACAUCACAUACGACGCCUUGUAUAAAAACAUAACUGUGAACUUGACACCCGAGCUGGCUCAGGUGACCGAGUAUUAAGUCGAGGAAGAGGAAAUGUGUUUGCUUUAGCCCCC